CCCAACAAGCUUAACCGCUUGAGAUACGGUCGAAAAUGGCUAAACUAACGGCGCGGCUAGGCAUGUUCCUAGUCCUCCUCCUCUUCGUCGUCGCAGCGGAGGCGGUUCCGGCCAAGAAAGUGAGGUGCACGGAUCCUGCGUACCCGGAUUGCAUUUCCGACGGCCUCUUCGCCUGUCCCUCCGGGUGUCCUCAGACUUGUACCAUGAGUUGUGACAGGUGCGCCCCGGUUUGUCCGAGGUCCCCGCCCCCACCAGCAUCGCCACCGCCGCCGCCGCGCAAGCAGAAAUCACCACCCCCGCCCAAGAAGCGGUCGCCGCCGCCACCGCCGCGCAAGCAGAAAUCACCACCCCCACCCAAGAAGAAGUCGCCUCCACCCCUUCCCCCAUUACUCCUACCCACCGCCGCCCCUCCAGCGCCCAUGGUGGUCCCCCCGCCUCCGUCCGGAGAUGUUUCGGGACAAAAGAGAGCGAGGUGCAAGAACAAGAACUACCCCCUGUGCUAUGGCGUUGAAUUGUCUUGUCCUGCCGGUUGCCCCACUCAGUGCGAAGUGGAUUGCACCACCUGCAGCCCUGUUUGCAGUUGCGACCGGCCAGGUGCGGUCUGUCAAGACCCGAGAUUCAUCGGUGGCGACGGCGUAACCUUCUACUUCCAUGGCAAGAAGGACCGGGACUUCUGCCUGGUUUCCGACUCCAACAUUCACAUUAAUGCUCACUUCAUCGGACGACGGAACCAGGACAUGAAGAGAGACUUCACAUGGGUCCAAUCUCUAGGAAUCCUCUUCGGCAAGCACCAGCUCUUCAUCGGCGCCAAGAAGACGUCGACCUGGGAUGACUCCGUGGACCGCCUAUCCAUUGCCCUCGAUGGACAGAGCGUCUACCUCCCCGAAGCCGAGGGUGAGAAGUGGCAAUCCGCAUCAUCAGACAUAUCCAUCACGAGGUGGCGGGACACCAAUGCCGUCGAAAUAGAAGUGGAAGGGAACUUCAAGAUCAAGGCAGUCGUUGUGCCGCUCACCGACAGAGACUCCUUGAUACAUAACUAUGGCAUUACGCAAGAGAAUUGCUAUGCGCAUCUGGACCUGAGCUUCAAGUUCUACUGGCUCAGUGACGAAGUCACUGGCGUUUUGGGCCAGACGUAUGCAAAGAACUACGUGAGCAGGGCCAAGAUGGGAGUUGCCAUGCCCGUCCUGGGCGGCGAGCGGGAAUUCACCUCCUCGGGUCUCUUUGCAACCGACUGUGCCGCCGCCCGGUUCAUCGGCGAGCUGAGCCUAAGCAACUCAACUGGGAAUUUCCAGUACGGUGACCUUAACUGCUCCGGCGGAGAAGAUGGCCCUGGUGUCGUUUGCAAAAGGUAGAGAUUCUCGCAUCUCAGCACGGGGACAUCAUUAAAGCUCAAGUACUUUCUACAUUUGAUAUUUGAUGUAUACAAGCAAUAAAGGUCAGAGCCGAAGCAAUGAUACUCGCGUCUGACCAGUUUCAAAAGGUCUUCUUGUAUUUUACUCUUUUCGUGAAUAACAAUAUU